CGAGAACUUGACGUCAUAUUUACAUUAGACGGAUCCUUUCUAGCCAUAACCGUUUAUGACAGUUGAGCUAGAGGUAUUUUUUGCUAUGCUGUGUUUUAGUGUUUACAACAUGAGAACAAAAGGGACCGUAAACUAAAAGCCUUCUGAAUCAGGACCCAGCUAUGGCCUCUGCAUCGAGCCCCAGUUCGGAGCUGGUGGCCCGGGAGAAGAGCGGACACACGGCUGUGGUCGAGGGGAACCUGCUGUAUGUGUGGGGAGGGUACAUGUCCAUUGCUGAUGAUGAAGUUUUCCUGCCUAGUGAUGAAAUCUGGGUGUACGACUUAGAACGGGGUGUAUGGGAAGUGUUUCACAUGUCAGGGGAAGUUCCUCCAUCUAUGUCUGGAACCUGUGGCUGCUUACUAAAUGGACACUUGUACAUAUUUGGAGGUUGUGAUAACAAUGGACAGACCAAUCAGAUAUAUUGUGUCGACCUGACAGACGGCAAAUACACGUGGAAGAAGAUCAAUUGUGACAUUGGUUCUGCCCCGUCACAUCGAGACAAACUGUCCUGCUGGGUUUACAAGGGAAAGAUCAUCUACUUUGGAGGAUAUGGUCACAAACUAUUGUCUAAUGUUGAUAGAACAAACAGAAGCUUUAUUAUAGAUAAAGCAUCAUGGGUUGAAGAAAUCUUCUGGGGAUGGAACAAUGAGGUUCAUAUGUUUGACCCCAAGCAAGCCAGUUGGAGUCAACCCCAAACCCAUGGCCGUACUCCAGACCCCAGGGCCGCCCACGCCAGUGCCACGAUCGGAAAAAGAGGAUACAUCUGUGGAGGCAGAGUCAUGGAAACCAGAACAAAUGACAUUCACUGCCUCGACCUUGAAUCAUGGACGUGGUCAGAAAUAACGCCAGGCUCCUCCAUUCCAGUGGGCAGAUCGUGGCAUUCGCUCACAGCAGUUUCAGACAGCAGCGUGUUCCUGUUUGGAGGUCUCAGUGCAGACUGCAAACCAAUGAGUGAUGGAUGGUUGCUUGAUGUUGAAACAAAGAUAUGGAGAGAAGUCGAGCAUCCCUUCAAGAAUAAGCCACGGUUAUGGCACACAGCAUGUCCAAGCAAAGACUCUGAUGUGGUCGUAUUUGGUGGAAGUUGUGACUACAUCCUCUUAAUUGACAAUAGUCACUGCAAUGACGCCCUUGUCUUCCAAACACAGCCAUAUCCUCUAUUCAGGAUUUGUGAGGAUUACAUUGCAAAGAAUGUGAGGAACAAUGAGACACUCAGAAACCAGCUUUCUUUCCUACCUCCAAAACUACUGACGGCCGUACAGAGGAGAAUGUCUUACUACAGGCCUUCAAAGAGGCUGAAGCAUUAGUUUAAAGAAUGUCUUAAUUGCCAAGAACAAUGCAUUGGCACACCAGUACUGAACUCUCUUCAGUAUGUAUAUCUCAGUCGCACUGUGGGGUAGCUUUUUAAUUUUUUUAAAAAGUGUGCCAAAUAUUUUAUGGUGUUUUAUUUUAUGGUUUUAGAGAUGUACAUUUUAUUUUGUACAGUCUGCCUGCUGAAACACCCUUACAAAAAUGUUCCUAUGAUGACUGUGAUAAUUAAAGGGCGCAUCGAACUGUA